CAUCAGAUUUUUGUUGAUAUUAGGUUAGGUUUGUUAAUCGACUGUCUUCCUCCAGGACAAUGGGGAUAAAAAUAAAUCCUUAUUACCUGUUAACUUUACUUUUGUGCAUUUAUCUCCCCGAAAUUUCUAGUGUAUCCGUGGCUACAUCAGACGAGUCAUUCCUGAAUGAACCCAGGUAUUAUCCUUUCAAUGAAACAGUGAGUCUUUUUCACCAGCUGGCAGCUGAUCACCCAACAUUUGCUAGAGUGCACAGCAUUGGAAAAUCCGUCCGGGGCCGGGACCUGAUCGUAAUCGAAAUCAGCAAAAAUGUCGCCAAACGUGAGUUGGGGAAACCUAUGUUCAAAUACGUCGCCAACAUGCAUGGAGACGAAACGGUCGGUUAUCAGCUGAUGGUGUACUUGGCGCAGUAUUUGGUGAACAAUUAUGGCACUAAUCUCCAAGUCACGAGACUCGUGAAUAACACUGAUAUUUUCUUGAUGCCUUCAAUGAAUCCAGAUGGAUACUCUGAAUCAAUCGAAGGAACUUGUGGUGUUGAGCAUGAAUACAAGGAAACCAGUCGUAGGAAUGCCAAUAAUGUGGACCUCAACCGUGACUUUCCCGAUCAGUUUGAUGCCGAAUAUGAGCACCAGCCUAUUUCAAAACGGCAACCAGAGACACAAGCUAUGAUGGCAUGGAUUGUCAACAACCCUUUUGUUCUCUCUGGAAAUCUUCAUGGGGGAGCACUUGUGGUCAGCUACCCGUACGACGAUACCAAAAAUAAAACUACCAAAGACAACUCGAAUAUAUCUCCAGAUAAUGCACUUUUCAAGCAGAUUGCCAGUAAAUAUGCAAAUCGCCAUUCUAACUUGAAAAAUGGGUGCAAGAUUUACGAUGAACACUUUGAUGGAGGUAUCACAAAUGGAGCAGUCUGGUAUGAUGUUAAAGGUGGUAUGCAAGACUUUAAUUACCUGCACUCAAAUUGUUUUGAGGUGACUUUUGAACUGAGUUGUUGCAAACAUCCACCAGCAUCUGAGUUACCUAACGAAUGGCGUAAAAACAAAGGAGCUUUACUUUCUUAUAUUGAAAACACUCACAUGGGAGUUAAAGGUAUUGUGACAGAUGAAACUGGCAAGGGAGUAGCUGGUGCUACCAUAAUUGUGGAAGGCAUUAAUCACAACAUCACCACAACUCGUGAUGGAGAAUACUGGAGAUUGUUACUUCCUGGAAAAUACAAUAUCUCUGUCUACUCUCCUAUGCAUGAAAAAAUUUCACCAGUAGAAAUUGAAGUCCUGAAAGAAAGCGAUUCACACUUGUAUCCUGUUGCGACUGUCCAUAAUUUCACGCUUACUAGAUCACAGCAGGCUUUAGAACAAGGCACCAAGGUCAAAGAGUUUACUGAACCACUCCGAGACAAAUAUGGAUUCCUUUUACCUACCCCGAUUAUCCAUCACAAUUAUGUGAAGAUGGAAAAAGUACUCCGUUUUCUAGCUGAAAAUUAUCCAUCGUACACAAGGCUUUACUCUAUCGGGGAAAGUGUUAAGAAGCGGAAACUGUAUGUACUAGAGAUCUCCACCAACCCAAGAGUUCAUGAGCCAGGAAAACCUGAGUUUAAAUAUGUUGCCAAUAUGCAUGGAAAUGAGGUUGUUGGGCGGGAAAUGGUACUACUCCUCGCGAACUAUCUACUGCAAAACUAUGGAUUGGAUGAUCGGGUCACAAAGAUCGUUAACAGUACAAGAAUUCAUCUAAUGCCUUCAAUGAACCCAGAUGGGUAUGAAAUGUCCAAAGAAGGAGAUCGGAGCAGUUUGAAUGGAAGACCAAAUGCUAAUGGCAUUGAUCUAAACAGGAAUUUCCCUGACCAAUACGGUGUAUUUGAGGAAAAUAGAGCUAUGCAACCAGAAGUUGCAGCAGUAAUUAAGUGGUUGAAAGAGUAUCAUUUUGUCCUGUCGGCCAAUCUUCAUGGUGGUGCCCUCGUGGCUAACUAUCCCUACGAUGACAGUCAAAAUCAACAGGAUGGUGUCCUCAACACGUCGCCUGACAAUGAAAUCUUCACAUUUUUGGCUCAUUUGUAUGCAAAUGCUCAUCCGAAAAUGCACCUAGGCAAAUCAUGUCCUGGUUACAACGACAAGUUUCCAGGAGGAGUGAUCAAUGGAAACGUAUGGUACUCAGUAACAGGUGGGAUGCAAGAUUACAAUUACCUUCAGGCAGAAUGUUUGGAAUUGACAUUGGAGUUGGGAUGCUUCAAGUAUCCUUAUCAAGCAAAUUUGUCUGAGUACUGGCUCGAUAACAGAGAACCCCUCCUCUUGUACAUGGAACAA